GAGCAGGGAGAAUCAGACCAUGGAAAGCCAGCACAAGCUGCAUGCUUGUCCCAUGCUGUCCUUGUUGACAAAGAGCAAACCAGAAUUUAGGGCUUUGAUUUAAAACAAAAUCCUCAUUGAAAUAAGUUCUUAAUUGAUGGAGGUUCUUAAUUGAUGGAGAACGAGAACACUUACAUGGGCUUCACUGUGCUUUGCUCCACUUGGGUGAACUUCAGCAAGCACUUCCCUUUUAUUUUUAUUUUAGAUGCAGCAGUGGGCUUUGCUGGUCUUGAUGUAUUCUAAAUAAUAUCUUAGUUAUUUAUUUGAGAAUUUUAUACAAUGUAUUUUGAUCAUCUUCACAUUCCCUCUUCUCCUACUUGUCCUAGAUCCCCCCUUGCCUCUAUGUUCAGAGAAGUUGUGGAACCCCACAUCUUCCCCUCCCUCCCAUAUUCCCCAUUUAGUGUUGGCCAGCUACUCUUGUUGUUGUUGUUUUUGUUUGUUUGUUUUGUUUUGGUUUGGUUUGUUUUGUUUUGUUUUGGAUAUUUGAGACAGGGUUUCUCUGUGUAGCCCUGGCUGUCCUGGAACUAACUAUGUAGACCAGGCUGGCCUCAAACUCAGAAAUCCACCUGCCUCUGCCUCCCUAGUGCUGGGAUUAAAGGCAUGCGCCACCACUGCGCAGCCACCCAGCUACUCUUAAGAGUAAGGCUUUCCCAGAAGUGUAGUCUGUUAGUCAGAAGUCACCCACUAAAGAAAACCCAAUCUUCCUGUGUUACUUUUCUAUUGUUUUGAUAAGACAUCAUGGCCAAGAAAACUUAGAAAUGAAAGGUUUCAGUUUGUUUGGGGAUUUCGGUUUUAGAGGGAUAGGAAUAAUCACUGUCAUGGUGGGAAGCAUGGUAGCAGGCAGGAAACAGCUGAGAGCUUACAUUCCAUCCACAAACAGGAAGCAGAGAGUGGACUGGGGAUGGUGGGAGGCUUUUGAUGCCUUAAACUCUUCCUAAUGUCAGAUCUCCAACAAGGCCACACCUCCUAAUCUUUUCCAAAUAGUUUUAUCAACUGGGGACCAAGUAUUCAAAUUAUGAACCUAUGCAGACAUUAUCAUUCAGACCACCACAUUCCACUCAAUGACCCCACAGUCUCAUGGCCAUAUCAUGCAAAAUGCAUUUAGUUCAACUUCAAAAAUUCUUACAGUCUUUUACAGUUUUAACACUGUUUCAAAAUGCAAUACCUCUUCUGAGACUCAAUGUAGUCCUAAUUACAACCCACCUGAAAAUCAAAAGGCAAGUUAUAUACUUCCAACAUACCAUGGCACAGAAUAUGUGUUGCCAUUCCAAAAGAAAGGGGUUGGGUAUGUUGUGUGACAAAAUGUUUCCUGGGGAGGCACAACACAUAUGUCUACUCUUUCCAGCUAGGAAGCUUACCACAGACCAAAGUACAACUAUCACCAAAGUUCAGCUUGGUGAGUCAAUACAUUUUAUUGGAGUUACUUACAGGAAUAUGGGUGAGGGGUUACUUAUAGGAGCAGAAUUGACUAAAAGACAGUUGCUUCACCAAAGCCCACUGCAGCAUGGGUAACACCUCACAAAUCUGGGAACUUGGGAACAUAUUUGCAUCUGGUAGGCAUCUCAACAGGUUGGAGAAUGUUCUUUCCAGGUACCUUAGUUGGUCUAACCCUCUUCUGGGCACUAGGCUAGUUUCUGCUUCUUCUAGGCAUUUGGUCUGGUCUCAGAGUCAUCUUUGCAGCUUUGCUUGGCUGAGAGUCUUCUUUGCAGCUCAACUCCCUUUCUUGUUGCAGUUGUUUCUUUACAUAAACAAGUUCCUGCACUAUCUCAGCCUCAGAUGCAUCUUUAACUGCACAGGACAGAGGUCAGGCAACCUUUCCUGCUGCUGCCAAUACUCUUGAUCUUUGUAUACUAAUCUCGAAGACUGGAAGAUUUCCUCUAAACCUUUAACUGUUUUCAGGGUGUUUCUGUAGUCACAAGGUAGAUCCCAUUCACCAAGCAGACAUGCCACCCCAUACACAUAGAUGAAGGCUGCCGUUCUGGGAUUCUGCCCACAGAUACCCCUAAUCCCGAUGUUUCAGCUUUAGCUGCAUAUCUCACUACCCAUAGUAAGAUACAUGCAACUGUUGUCAAAGCACAAAGGCACACGAACAUACACUAUAUGGAAAAGCACAAGUCUAUUGGAAUAUCUUUCAUAGAUGCUCUUCCCUCAGGGUGCUCAGCAAUAGCCUCAGUUGCUACCCAUAAAUGACCAGGACCAUGUACUCACUUCUCUCCAAUUCAUCUUUGGUUUUGUUGUGUCCCUGUUCAGGUGCCAAUUAUGUUGUAUGACAGAACUUUUCCUAAGGAGACACAAUACAUACAUCUAUUCACCCCAGAGAGUGAACCCUGGGGACUUUUGGUGGACUAGAUACCACCAAAGUACAGCUUGGUGAACCAAAGAGUGCUAUUUGGGUUACUUAACAGGAGCAAAGAUGACUAAAAGAUAGCUGCUUCACCAAAGCCUAGUCCAAUAUGGGUGACAGUUCACAAAGUGAUCAUCUGCAGGCAGCUCAGCAGGUUGGAGAAUGUCCUUAUUUGAUUUAAACAUCCUCCAGGCAACUCAGCUGGUUUCUGCUUCUUCCACACGUCCAAUCUGGCCUCUCAGUCUUCUUUGUAGCUCGCUCUGUUCUACUAGUUUCAGAGGCCCUCAGCUUUUACAGCUUACUCUGAAGAGUCUAGUGAAUCAUGUCAGUUUCAGGGACUUCCUGAAGCUAUUUUGACUUGUUUACCUUCCUGUUUAAGGAUCUUCCUUGCAGUAUGGAAUGUCUUAAUUUUUGAGGAAACUGUUAACACAACAGGCCAUAGUGUGAAAAUAGGGACCAAAGCAAGAUCAAGCUAAAUAAUAAGGCAAAUUCCAAAUCCUGGAGCUCCAUGUCUGAUGUCAGAGGGCUUAGAUAGCUCUUCUUUCCAGUAUUGCUGCCUACAACACACUUCUCUGUCUGGGGCUGGUUCCACUCUCUGUUUGCAGCUCUCCAUGGCAGACACCCCCCCCCCCCACCUUUGAUGUCUUUGAGUCUCCAACACAAUACAGGGUUCACUUUGACAUUUUCACAAAAUGGCCUCUUGGGGCCUCCAUGCAGGGACUUCUCUGCCAUAUCUUUGGCCUCAGCAGCUUUUCCUUAACUUUGGAGAAAGAAUCCACAACCCCAUUAUCAUGUUAUCUCAUGACUCUAAAGCUAUAACUGCAUGGAGAACAUUGCCAAAUUUGAGAUGGUGAGCCCACACCCUUUAUGUCACAUUUGCAACAGCAUUCAUUGCUGUUUUUUCUUUUCCCAAGAUGGAAGUUUAGCUGGGUGUGGUCUUGCCCGGAGGGCGUCCUUUCCUCUGUCCAGUGAAGCCAGGCCUAUCUUAGUCUCCUUAUCUUGUUCAGCACAAGCCUUGGCUCCAAUAUCAACUUUUCUUGGUGCUCUUUUACUUUUCAAACUGUACACUUUGUAUCCUUUUUGCCCUGUUUGCUCUUUUUUAUUGAAGACCUAUAUGAGAAUGAUUACUAAUAACCAUACAAUACAGCCAAUAUUAAGCUAUCUUGAAAUCUCCUCUAUUGAAGAAAUUAGUCCAUUGCUUUUCAAUUUAACCUCAGGAAAAUUGUUAGGACAAGGGACAGUAGAUAGUCACCUUUUUUCUUUUUUCUUUUUUAAAUCAAGGAAUCAUCUCUAGACCAGUUACUGAUAUUGUUCUCCUCUAAAACCUUUUGAACUGGGCUUCAAACCCCACCCCACAACAAGUCUUCAGCAAGCCCACACCUCCUUCUCCAUCCCCCAAAGUUCCACCAGCUGGAGACUGAAUAUUUAAACAUAUGAGCCUAUGGGGACCAUUCUUAUUCAAGCUACCUCCCUAUCUUUCACAGAAGCUACCAAGUCAGUACUCCUCAGGGAAGGGUGGGGUUCAUUGCCCACCUCCCCUGAGCCUAUGCUAGGAUUUUGUCUGGCUUGAGCUUACAGAAAUCUUGUACAUACUUCCACAAUUGUCAUACAUGCAUGUGUCUGAAAAAUGACAUUUUCUUGAAGUCAUCCACAGACUCUGGCACGUAUAGACUUUCUGCCCCUUCUUCUGUGAGUGUCCAGAGCCUUGAGGAGAGGGGAAUGAUACAGAUGUCCCAUUUAGGUCUAAGACUCCAAAGGUUUUGCUCUCUGCAUGUUGUCUAAUUUUGGUUCUCUGUUUCUACUAUAAGCUUCUUUGAUAUGGGUUGAAUGAUAUAUUGUUCUAUGGAUAUAACAGCAAGUCAUUAGGAGUCAUUUUAAUGUUAUGUUCAUUUAGCAGAGUACUAGUAGCUUCCCCCCAAAGGCCCAUGACUUAUCUGAUCACAGGUGUUUUUUGUUUUGUUUUGUUUUGUUUUGUUUUAUGUCUCUGUAUAACAAGUGCCAGCUAUGGGAUCCAUCUUGUGAAGAAGGCUUUAAAUAUAGGUGGAAAGUAGUUGGCUACCUCACAGAGUUCACAGCUGGGUGAGAUUGGUGAUUUCCUUUCUUCUUUAGUAGUGUGCUCAGCCCCUCUCCCCCAGUGCUGUGAAGGCUGGCUAGGAGGGAUUAUGCUUCCAGUUUACUACCCUUUUGAUUUUUCCAUGUUUAUGACUCAAGUAUGUGGUGUCUCAGCAAUAGAAUCUCACUGUUAACUUCCAGAGGGUAAUUAAAAAGCACUGGAAAUAGCCUGUAAUGUUUGGAGGACUCUGGGACCCAAUGGGCCAAGGGCUCAAAAAGAGGUAACCCAUUCCUGGUAUUGGUAUUUUUAUUUGGUAGUAUGUGGUGUUUAGUUGGGUAUUAGCCUCCCAUUAUAUGGUAACUAUAUCUAUAUCUAUAUCUCCAUCUAUCUAUCUAUCUAUCUAUCUAUCUAUCUAUCUAUCUAUCUAAAUUUAGGAAACUUCUAUUGUUAUAGGUUUCCAUAUGAAUUUUUCAAAAUGUCGAUAGCAGUAGUUAUCCCACCUCUGUAUUCUGUUUUCUACUCUUCCAUUUCAUUGGCUUUUAUUCACUUAUUUCUGGCAGCCUUUAUCAGCACUGGCUCAGAGGGAUCAGUGUCUGGAUAUGCUGGAUCCUCACUUUGCUGUUUUAGUUGCUCAUAGGAGAAAGUAUUCAGUAAUGCUAUUAGGAUCUGAGUUCCCUUGCCACAGGGUUUAGUAACCCUGCAUAGUUAUCACUCCUACUACUGGUAGGUAUUUGUGAGUAGAUUGACUGGUGAUUGGCUUUAAGUAUGACACUAGAGUUAAGUAGUGCCUCUUCCAGAUCAACUUGAGGAAGUGGGCACAGUCACUGUGGAUACCUUUCUUACUCUUUCACCUCUAAGAUCAAAAACAGAAUUUACAGAGUGCCAACUCAGCUUCUUCUACUUUUUCUUUUUUUUAGAUUUUUUUCUUUACUUACAUUUCAAAUGCUAUCCCAAAGGUCCCCUAUACCCUCCCCCCGCCCUACUCCCCUACCUACCCACUCCCACUUCUUGGCCCUGGUGUUUCCCUGUACUGGGGCAUAUAAAGUUUGCAAGACCUAGGGGCCUCUCUUCCCAAUGAUGUCCGACUAAGCCAUCUUCUGCUACAUAUGCAGCUAGAGACAUGAGCUCCGGGGGUACUGGUUAGUUCAUAUUGUUGUUCCACCUAUAGGGUUGCAGACCCCUUCAGCUCCUUGGGUACUUUCUCUAGUUCCUUCAUUGGGGGCCCUGUGGUCCAUCCUAUAGAUGACUGUGAGCAUCCAACUCAGCUUCUUAAUUGUUUUCAGUUGUCUUGUGAGAUGCCUUAGGUCAGUUCUCUUUGUUUUCCUUUAUCAUAGUUAAAGAUGCUGGAGGAACAGUAGGUUUGGGAGUUCUAUGGGCUGAGGUUUAAAAGCAAUUUUAAAAAAUACUAUUUAAUUUUGAUCUUGUAGUUUUGAAGUACUAUAUAGCAAAGGACUACAAUUUAGUGGUUAUUUGUUUUUUUUUUUCUUAAUGUGGAAGAAAACUAUAUUUUUUGAGAGAUGAGGAAAAUAGAUUCAUCUACUGUUAGGUCAGUGAUUCUCAAACUUCCUAGUGCUGUAGCCCUUUAAUACAGUCCCUUAUGUUGUGGAGACCUGCAGCUAUAAGAUUAUUUUUGUUGCUAGUUCAUAACUGUAAUUUUGCUAUUGUUAUGAAUUACAAUGUAAACAUGUGUUUCCUGGUGGUCUUAGGAGACCUCUGUGAAGGGGUACUUAGAUCUCCAAAGGGGCUACAACAAACAGGUUGCAACCUGAGAACCACUGUAUUAUAUCUUUCCAUAGAUGAUAAUAUGUGUAGCAUGGGAGAUUCAGAUCUACAGAAGUUUAUAGUUUUGAAAUCUUCUUUUAUUAAGGUAUAGCUAGUUCAAGUCCAUCAGAACAUAAAAAUACAUAUUGUAUAGGCCACAUUUUAGGAUUUCCUUCAAAUUUUAAGUAUUCCCACUGGGAAUCAGUGGGGACAAAUGUGAGAGGACUGUUUGUUCAUUGCUUUUGAAGAGCCUUUUCUCAGUAUCAAAAUGGAAAUUCUGUCAAUUCUGAGUAGCUGUCUAGACAACAUUAGUUACAAUGGAAUGAGUUGGAAGCUCCUUCUGCAGAGCUUUAGGCAUAAUUUAAAUGACCUUGACUUCUUUGCUAGUGUUGACAUUUUAAAGACCUGAUUAUUUUCUAAUCGUGCUCAUAUUCAAAGCCUUUGCCUUGAAAUUUCACAGUAUCCUUUUUCUCCUGGGAAGCAUUAGUCAUUUAACUUUCUUUAGCUAAUGGGAUGAGAGCAAAUGCCUCACAUGAAGAGGCUUGCAGACUGGUCAGAUAUUGCUCUAUUAAUGAAGGAUGAGAUGUAGGGAGUGUAGUUUAGAGACCCCAUUUGUUCCUACAGUGCCAUCCUAGAGCACCAAAAACCUAGCCAUUCAAGGUAAGUUUAUGGAUUCAUCUAAAAUUAAAUGGCUGCAAACACAUGAAUUAACUUGUUUUAAGCUACUAAGUUUUGCAAUGGUCAAAAUUUUUCAUUGUUUUUGUAGCCAUAAAUAUUUCUAUAAUCUCAGAUAACCCAUCUCUGAAGUAUGUAACUCAACUACCAUCACUAAUGAUACUGAGCUAUUCAUUUCUUGUUAUCCCACUGACAAUUUGUUUCUGGUUGGCCGGGAUGUGGUAAAAGGGAACAUUAUCCACUGCUGGACCCAGGAUCUUCAGAGAGCAAAGCAUUCGGUGGUACCAGUGUGGGAAAAAGUAGUUAUUCUUUUUGUGAAAUUUUAAAGGUACUCCCUCCCCAGUCUGUGCAUGGAGCCAAUGUAGAGUAGCUUUCUAGAACAUGGGAUUAUGUAAUUUUAAAGAAUGACACAGGUAAGUCAUCAAGUUGAGUACAUACAAUAGGACACAUAACAUGAGUUACAGGCUUAUGAUGGCUGUCUGAAUAGUGGGAGAUCCUAUGUGUGCUAGUGUGAUGUGUAACCCCACGAGAUGACUGUUUGUGUACAACUAUGCAACUCCAUGUCCCUGUCAUUGUGUGACACAUGACUGAACAUUUUUAGUCAAGAGCAACUUUAACCAAGAACAAGUUUUGGAGAGAAAAGAGAGAGAGAGAGAGAGAGAGAGAAAGGAGAGAGAGAGAAAGGAGAGAGAGUCUUAGAAAAGUAAAACCCACUUUACACUUUACCUCUGGGCCGUUUGAAGAUAGCACAGUGUAGAUGAAUGCUAUGACUAUAGACUGAACUUUUAAAACUUAACUCCAGACACAGCAGGUCCAGCUUACCCAAGAGAGCUAAGGUUGGUUGACAAGAGGCGGAGCAAGUUUUAUUGGGCACAUGACUCUGCUUUGCACUUUGACCUUGCAAAUCAGAAGGCUAUUGUUUUUAUGUGUUUUGUAAAGCACUGCUAUUUCCUCUCCUUUUCUUUUGUUUGAGAAAGAAGUCUGCUUUCAUUUUUGUGAUGAAAUAAAAGGGUGCUGGCUGAGAGUCCUCUGAACAUUGGCAGAGCCUUGCAGGAUACUUCUCAGAAGCUAUGGCUUUCUGUUUCUGGAGCUGUGCUUGAGGAGCAUUGGCUAGGUCCUGCCCUUGGUGAUUUCACCCAGUUCCUUGGGAAGGUCCUUACUAUUUAUCCUGUAGUUAACUCACCCAGUUCUUUGGGAAGGGCCUUGUUAUUUCAUGCCGCAGUGCUGGUCACCUGGCGGUAGGUCAUUAGCAUUUUUAGUCUUCUUUUCUUCAAAACAAUGCACACCAUGCUAAUUAGAGGAUUCUGAAAGCUAAGUAACCUGUUUUAAAAUCAGACAUUUUAAUUUGCAGCUUUAAUGGCUGUUUUUAUAAUAACUGGCUUUAUUGGGGGUAAAAGCACUUCUCAUGUUCCACUAGCAAGGCAAAGCAUAACAGAAGCUGACAAAAUUAAAAACCUCAUAAUGCGACCUUUGCCUGGGAUAAAAGGCUGUUUCAUAACAAUUUCCUUUUGUUCUUUGUUUAAGCCAUUACUCUAAAAGGAGCCUCCGAUUAAUCUGAGUAAAUGCAUCAUUACAGUACUAAUCCAUGUCCUUCUGUCAGUGUCUGUUUUAAUUAAAUAAGAAAUGAGUGCAGGAAGAUAGCACGCACAAAGCUGUGAUUGGAGAAAGAAGCACCGGUUGAUGAGGGAAAAGAUUAAAAAGGGCUUUACGUUUUUUGUCCAUUUGCAUAGCCCCAGAUGCCACUGGGUUUCAGGAUGAAAAGGAAACUUACAAAAGUCCUGACCACAUUGCACUCAUAGAUUUAAAAUAAUGGGACUGACCAGUGAGAUUCUAAUCAUGCAUUUAUCACAUGCUAGACAUUCCAAAGCGAGGGGCGGAACAGUGCGGGGUGUGUCUUCUCAGUCUUCCAUGCAGCCUCACGGUGCGUUGUGAAAACACACCUGCCAAAUUUGGAAAGUUUAUUUUAGGUGAAAUGUACAGUGAGACUUGGUUGUGGGGUGUGUGUGUGUGUGUGUGUGUGUGUGUGUGUGUGUAUGUGUGUGUUUAAAGUAUCUUGCACCUUUCAGUUUAGUUUUUCUUUUAUUUGGAACUAUUUUUCUUAUGAUAAUAUAUUAAGGAUUUGGGUGCUUAAUUUAAUGUUAACUCUAAAAGGCACACCGAAUAAAUACUUACAAGAGAAUCUUACUACACGGAUACCUAGAAACUCUCCCUGGCCCUGCAGUUGCAGAAUUCCCGUGGCGAGGGCAUUCUCCACAUGCCCACCAUUAUCUGAUGUAAUGAAAAGAGAAAGUGUGCAGCAGCGAGAUUGUUAAUUAAUUUAGCCUAACAAGAUGAAGACGAAUGAAGCAGAGCACAGGAUGAAUGAAGGAAGAGGUCUUAUUUACAAUGUAAUACAUUUUUAUAUAAUACAGAUUUUACUUGGUUUAAAAAUAGAUCCCCCCAAUACUAUGAACAAAAUCAAUCCCCACCCCACCAUUCCACAUGGAGCUCCUGGCCUGACCUCACAGAAAGCAAGCCAGGGCUCCAUAUGGAAGACACUUCUCCAAUGUGUAAACAGGGCUUUUCUUCUGCUAAGAAUCCUACAGUAGUUAACCUUUAACUCCAGGGUUUUAUUAUUCCUGCUGCAGACAGAGGUGAGCACAAGCACAGAGACCUGGAAGCUUUUAGGUCUCUUGUCCUCCAGGUUGCCCCAGACAUGCCGUCUCUGUUGUUUAAUAAUCAUUUUAUUUUAAUUGUCUUUCACUAAAGGCAGGAAUCUCAAGGGCUGGGGGGUGGGGUGGGCAGGGAGGAAAAGCUGUGUGCUUCUUACUUGCAGUUACACAGGGUUCUUAGACUCGCAUUAUUUUAAAGUCCCCCCUUCAGAGAGUAAUGAGCUUUCUCCGGGAUCUGACCUUUCGUCAUUCCUGCUUUCUGCUCAGAAGUACUUCCUUCCUUCCUACUGUAGCUAGAAAAGACAGUCUCUUAUCUCGAGUUACUGUAGGCAGUGGUGACAGGACUCCACAAAUGGUGGUAUUAUGAUCACUGUGUUUUUAUCUCAGGGGUCAGGAACAAAUGCAUGCAACUGCUUCUAAGGAUUUCAAUAAAUAGGACUUUUUUUUUUUUAGUCCAGACAAUCGCCUUUUAUGUUACUUUUAAACAAAGCUACUAGUCCAUCAAGAGUUUGAAAAGAAAACAAUUCCACAGAGUGCCGGUAUGGCCACAGACCAAUCAUCAUGGCACCCAUUCUCAAGUCCUUUAUUUUUCAAGUCCACAACAAUAGGUUGUUGAUUCAAUGGACAAGACCAGAACAAUUAAGUUCUCUGUUUAGCAGCAGUGCAGCAUUUUAAUGCCCUUCUCUAAUAAUGCUCUCAUUAUUGUUAUUCUAAGACUGGGCCUCAGGAGGAGGAAUAUUUGCUGGAGGUACGUCAUUAUUUUGCAAAUUUCGAUUAGCUCAUCAUGUUGUCUGUAGUGUGAAAAUCGUAGCUAAUUAGGGCAGCCAGUUAGACGACCAGCUUUUGAGCUUAUGAGUUAAAAGGUAGCAUACUUGAUAGGCCAGCGAUGUGAAAAAGGUGGUAAAAAGGAGGAUUAGAGCAGUUGCCUUAGUAACUCCAACUUCCAUCUGGGAGGGAACAAUGGACUUGUGUUUCUCCCCCACCUUGGUGUAAAAAUUGGUUUUGUUUUGAAAGGACAGGGUUCUUUUUAUGACAAUCUGGAAUUCAGCCCAACUGAGUGCAGUUUUAGUUGUUAGGAGAGACCAUUGGGAUAGGAAAGAUGAAAAGGUCAUGGUGAGCCUCAAGGACAUGAAAGGUCGUUGUCUGGGGAAACAAUGGUAGAUUGUGUUCUUUUUUCUCCCUCUCUCUAAUAUUUCAAGCCAGCCAGCCCCUAAGUCAGGUGAUGGGACAAAUACCUACAGUUUAGUCAGGUGAAACAGGAGGAGGGGAGGAUUUGGGGGAGAGAAUUUGUACUAUGCCAAAGAAAGAAAGGAAGAAAGAAGGAAAGAGAAAAAGAAAGAAAGAAAGAAAGAAAGAAAGGAAGAAAGAAAGAAGAAAAGAAAAGAAAGAAAAGAAAAGAGAAGGGAAAGGGCUGUCCCCAACCUGCUUCAGUUGAGAGAGUAGUAUUUCUUUGUCACCGUCCUGAGAUCCCAGUGUGCUCUGGAUGGGUUGCCUCUGGGCCAGCACAUCUCUGGGAACCUCUCCAGCGUGUGGAGCUUGAUUUAAGCUUUCUCUUCGAGCUCCCGGAGGACCAGUGAUGUGAUACUUAACAAUAAAUUUAGUUGUUGUCGCUUUCUUGCAUUAUUGGUACCCUUAAAAGGUUUUCCUUAAAAUGCACACAGAAUAAAAUGAAUGAUAAAUAUGAAAGAAAUUUGUCUCCGCACUCCACAGGGUUUUACCAUAAAUUCUAUGACUUCCAUCACAGAAAGUUUACAGGAAACUGUUUAGAUGUUGCUGCAAUAGCAGUUCAAUUUUUUUAUGUACGUAAGAAAAUGCCACAAUUUUAGGAUCUACUAGGGCUUUGUAUAUGGGGAUGGUGAUAGAAAAAGACUGAAUACAGCACCAUUUCUUUAAAAUCCUCAAAGCCAAAUCACCCUUCCCAGGGUCACAAUACUUGUAGUUCAGUGAAAUGAAUGACUUCUCUUUUCCUUCUAUAUUAGUCUCUCUCUCUCUCUCUCUCUCUCUCUCUCUCUCUCUCUCUCUCUCUCUCCCUCUCCCUCUCCCUCUCCCUCUCCCUCUCCCUCCCCCUCUCCCUCCCCCUCUCCCUCUCCCUCUCUCUGUGUAGAGAGCUAAAAAGAAUAAAGAAAGGAGUGUUGCAUUUUAUAAACAAAAAAGACUGUUUUUGAUGAUCUCAGACACCUUUAUUUUUCUUCUCUGUUGUCUCAUCGUGAUUCUCUGGUUGAAGCUGAACUUGGUCCAGGGAGUUGGAGGUUUGAGACUCUCCCUUAAUCCCAGGUCUCCCAUUGCCCAGCCAACCAUCCUCCUUGUGCUAACCUUUGUUCUUUGGAGGAGCUGUAUUCCUUUUGUUUGUUGAGCUGAUAUAGCUGAGUCAUGAAACUCCAGAGUUGCAAGACUUUUGCCACUAGCUAGUUACACUUCUACAUUUGAAACGUGAAGAAAGAUGGAAGUGACUGGCCCAAGGAAGUGCAAGCUCUUUAGAGCUAAAGGGUUACCAUUUGCUGUAUUGUCUAAAUAUGAAAACCUGAAUUAAAAGAAAAAGAGAGAGAGAGAAAGCAUUAUUCAAACAGGUUUAACUUGCUUCCUGGUUCUCUGAGUGGCUGAGAGGUGUGGUAAAGCUAAUAUCUGGAAUGCUAGUGGUAUUCAGAGAAAAAUUUUUUGAUAACUAUUGAAGUUCUAUUUUUACAGAAAUGGAACUUCCUGUAUCAGGAACAAAACAAAUAUGGUAGUACAGUUUAGGAUUACAUCUCUAUAACCCUGGGGAGAUGAGCUUUGGUUGGGAAGCCUGGUUAACAGGGUCUUGAGACUUUCUUCAUCUUGCCUUUUUCUGAUGUGCUUUCAAGUUAUUAGUAUAAUGGAUGGUUUUAACACUUUCUUUACACAGUCACAGAAUUAUUACUUUUUUUCUUGCUUUUGUGUCUGUAAAAAGUGACCUGAGGUUAUUCAAUUAGCUGUUUGGAGACAUUAAAUUUGUUACAUGAUUUGAAAAUGUAGUAUAGAUUCGGGAGAUUAUGGUUAGACUGUAACUUUGUGCUAUAUUCAAAUACUCAAAAGCAAAUAUAGAAUCAUGAUAUUUAAUAUGAUCAGUAUAAAUGCCAUAGUUUAUAUUUUGAAUCAUUUGGAAAGUAUUUAGAAAUUUUAGGCUGUGUGUGGACAUAAAAGGGAAUGACCCAUGUCCUUACCUUAUUAUUUCAUAUUAAAGAAAAUUUACCCCACCAUGACAUUAGGUAUAUUUUAUUUCAGUCUUUUUUAUGCCUGAGUGUGAGAAGAAAGAACAUGGAUAGUUAUUUAUGUUUUGUCUCUAAUGUUCAAUGUGAAACCUGACUUAUCCUAGGCACUUGGCAAAUAGUUAUUGGGUAAAAAAAAAACUUGCAUGCAUGGAUCAUACUAUAGGCACAUUUUUAAUAUUGGAAUCAUUGGAUUUUUUCAUGUUAAUAAUUUUUUAGGACAUUUAAAAUGACUUCUUCACAGUCCACCAUGCUGUGUUUUACCAUGAAAUUAAUUAUUUUGUUAAUUUUCACUGUCACUCAGAAGUUAAUUUGGAAGACUCUCUUCUAUUUAUUUCUAAAACAGUGGUAUUUUUCAUUAAGGAAACAAACCCUUCUUGAUUGCAGUAGCUCAUGAAAUCCUAUCACUUUUCCCGUCAUUAUUUAGCUGUCACCUCCCUAGUAGGUCUACCUUGACUAUCCUGUUUGCACUACAUCCCUGAUUUUUCUGGUGCUAUAUAUGUUUCUAGGUUUCAUUAGUUUUCAGUAUCUCCUGAAAUUCUUAACCUUCUUUCCCAUAGAAUACCAGAUUUGUGUAGCAGGGGGUUGUGGGUAGUUGUAGUCAUCCAUCCUUCAUGCCUAGAACACCGUUUCAGAAUCUCAAUAGUAAUACUGAUUGAAUUAUGCUUAUUUCAAGGAUUUCAAGUCAAGCAUUUAUUACACACACUAGCAACACUUAUAACCAAUUAGUACAAUGAUCAAGGACUUCCUUUUUUCCCUAGUUUUUAGGCUUAUUUUUGAAUAUACGCAUAUGUAUAUAAGUGAGCCUGCAUAGUCUAUGAGAGUCAUAUACUUGCAGGAAUUCCUUAUCACCUGGAGUUACAGGCAGUUAUGAGCUGCCAGGUGGGUGCUGGGAACUGAACCCCAUCCCUCUGCAAGGACAAUAAGCACUCUUAAUGCUGAGCCACCUCUCCAGAUCCUGUUUUUCCAGUUUUGAUAUAUACUUAUUAUUUAAUUGAGUACCAUCAUUAAUAUUUGUCUGUGUUGAUUACUGCUCAGGUUUUCCACGAUUCUCCACAUGAGGUCAUCUGAACUCUGGCAUUAGGUAGAUGCUUGUGUGUGUCAAAUGUUCUUCCUGUCACUUCAGAUCAUCCCUUUGUUCAUCCUCUGGGUUCUCUGAGAAGACUCCUAAGGGUUUUAUCUGGUUGCAGUUUCAGAUUCUCUGAUUAAAAAUUAGGUUGAUUUUUACUAUAUCCUGCUACUAAGUGAUAUUGGUUCUUUUUUCAACAUUUCUCUACGAAGAACAUUCCACUAGCUCUUUCUUAGUGUUUUUACUGGGUUAAGUUUAUACAAUCCUUAAAAUAAUGUAACAUCAGCUAGGAAGAUGGCUCAGUUGAUUACGUGUGUGCUGCACAAGCUUGAGAGCCUAAGUUCAGAAGCCCAGGAACCACAUCCAAAGUCAGAUGUGAUAACACAUCUGUAAUUUCAACCCUAGAGGAAUGGGCAGAGAAAAGUUGACUCUUGAAAUUCAUUGGCCAGACAACCUAUCCUAAUAGGUGAACUUCAGGUUCCGUGAGAGACCCUGUCUUAACAAAUAAAGAGGGAGAGAGAUUGAAGGAAGACACCUGUGUCCACACUUGUGCAUGCUCUCACAUGUACAGAUAUACGCACUCACACUAACAAGUACAUAUACCACAAACAUACAUGUAUAUGAACAUAUCACACUGUGCACACGUACCACAUCACAAUAAUACUAUAUUAAAUAUUUAUCCCUUUUACAAUGACAGUAAUAUGAGCCAACAAAAACAAUCCUUUAUGUCCUUUGUGAUUAUGUUAAUUAUAAUCUUUUUAAAUCAUAAAAUAUAUGACCAUUUAUUAGCUAUAAUAGCUAUAUCACAUAUUUAUAUGAUAUUUGUAAUUUCAAAGUUUUUUCCUAACAAUGAUCAUGAUUCCUUAAUCAUAAAAAUGCACCAAAAGAUGCAAAAGACAUGGCUUAUUAUAUUAAUUUUGUAGGUGACAGAGAAACAGAAAAACAGAGUCUAGACCCCAAAAUUUAAAUAUUGGUAGAGAGGCAUGGGAAUUCAUGUUACUUGGGUUCUACUGGAUCAGCACUGUUUGAGUCAAUUUAUAACCUUUUCUGUGAAUUAAAUCACUUUUUUUUGACCAACCUUAGUAGACCCCAUGAAAAUAAAAGCAAAUGCUUAUAAUGAAACAAGUUUAAAGUCUUACUUGUUUUUUUUAUUUCUGAGACAUGAUCUUGCUAUGUCCAUUGAGCUGUCUUUGCACCCUUAAUCCUGCUGCUUGAGUUUCUGUCCUAGCAAGGAUCACAGGCCUGGGCUCAAGACUCAGCUCUUGGCUUUUAUUUUCAUGGGGUGGUCACUUCACUUCCCAAGAACAUUAGCUGUUCUUGACUGUCAUCUGUUUUUAUUCAUUCUUACCAGGCUUUUAUCCACCAUGUGAACCUUGGUUGCUUGUUUUUCACCUUCUGAGUAGUUAGUUGUUCAUUUCCAUCUCUGGAUGUGACUAUACAUGGGAACAGGUACAGAGGGGCAAGCUAGGCCCGGAAUAGCCUUGUAAGUAAGUUAACACAGGAAGCACAGUGUGUCAGCUAAGAGAUUGGGCAAUAGACACCAGCAAGUAGACCAUUAUGGAAAUGAGGCAAAAAGAGGAGUUAAAGUGUUCUAUAAAGCAGACCAAGAAAAAAGCCUGUCUGGAGCUUAGACCACUGUCAGACCUUAAGCACCAAACAGAGCUAAAAGAUAGAUUCUAGAUUCUGGGUGGUCCACAUAUGGACGACUGCCAAUAUCCUAGAAGGAAGGGUCAUGGUCUCAGACAGCCCAUUUACACAUAAUAAAGCAAGGUAGAAUGUCAGGGUCUAAAACCAAGGCAGAAAGUCAAGGUCAUAGGGCUGGAGAGAUUGACUGCUGAGUGAUUAAGUAUUUGUACUGUUCUAGCAGAUGACUAGAGUUGGUACCCAACAUCCAUGUCAGGCAGCUUACAACUGCCUAUGACACUGGUUCAAGGGGGUACCCUAUGCUUUUGGCCUCCAUGGCACUCCCAAUGGUAUACACAAUAAAAAAAAACCAUAAAAAUAAAUCUUGAAAAGGUCAAAGUCAAACUAACAGCAGCAAGAGUAAAUAAUUUAAUUCUUAAUCCUCAGAAUUUGUAUUGGAGUCUCUGACAGGAGGUCAGUAAUGGUUCCUCUAGAGAGUUUUCUAAGCCUUUAACAUCCCAUGAGAACUGCCUGGCAUGUUAGGACUGGAGACAGAGGGUCCAGGUGUCUACAUUUUCACAAGCAUCUCAGAUCAUUCAGAGUCAAGUGUUUGCAGACCACAUUUGGAGAAAAUUGCCCUAAAUUGUCAGGAAGCACUUAUUGUGGGAUAGGGGACCUAGUGGCUACUGCUGUUGGGAGAGGAAAAAGGCAUUUAGAAUUUGAAAGUCAGACCUUCCUGCUAAAAGAAACAUGCUCAGGAGUCCAGUUGUGUUUAUCUGCAUGCAAGAAAGCCGUAAACAUGGACUGGAAUGCACUGGUCUGUGGUGCUAUAAACCGGCUAGGUUUUUCACCUCUUUAGCUUCCUGUGUUUAUGACCCAAGUGCUUUUGUAAUCCCUAACAAACAUUCAUACCUUUUGUGAAAAACUGGAGGCAGAUGCUUCUUUUUGACCUAAUCCAAAGUGUCGCUCAUUUUUCUUUUCUCUUUGAACUUUCCAUUUGUCAUCUGCAUGAUUAAUUUUUCUCUUUUCCUUCCCACGUCGUAAAUUGGUUAGCUUGAGCUGGGUAGGCAGACUGCUGUCGUGCUAAGGGUUAACCAGAAGAGAAUUACAAAUGAACUAUCUAGAAAGUUGAUUAUUAAUCCAGCUGGAGAAGAAAUAUCCUUUUACUUAGCAAGAAUGAGUAUCCGAAGAGUGGAUAAUAUUGGUCAGGCGGUGGGGUGGCAUGGCAGAGCUUGAAGAAUGUCUUCCAAGCAAGCCACCUCUCCAUUUGCCUGUACAGCGGAUGGAGAGGAAGCAAUGACCCAGGACUUGACCUCAAGGGAAAAGGAAGAGGGCAGUGAUCAACACCCGGCCUCCCAUCUGCCUCUGCACCCCAUAAUGCACAACAAACCUCACUCUGAGGAGCUGCCUACACUUGUCAGUACCAUUCAACAAGAUGCUGACUGGGACAGCGUUCUGUCAUCUCAGCAAAGAAUGGAGUCAGAGAAUAAUAAGUUAUGUUCCCUAUAUUCCUUCCGAAAUACGUCUACCUCACCACAUAAGCCUGACGAAGGGAGUCGGGAGCGUGAAAUAAUGAACAGUGUUACUUUUGGAACCCCGGAACGCCGCAAAGGGAGCCUUGCCGAUGUGGUGGAUACGCUGAAGCAGAAGAAGCUGGAGGAGAUGACUCGGACAGAACAAGAGGAUUCCUCCUGCAUGGAAAAACUACUUUCAAAAGAUUGGAAGGAAAAAAUGGAAAGACUAAAUACGAGUGAACUUCUUGGAGAAAUCAAAGGUACACCUGAGAGCCUUGCAGAGAAAGAACGGCAACUCUCCACCAUGAUUACCCAGCUGAUCAGCUUGCGGGAGCAGCUCCUGGCAGCCCAUGAUGAACAGAAAAAGCUGGCAGCAUCGCAGAUCGAGAAACAGCGGCAGCAAAUGGACCUUGCUCGCCAACAGCAAGAACAGAUCGCAAGACAACAGCAGCAACUUCUACAGCAGCAGCACAAGAUUAAUCUCCUGCAGCAACAGAUCCAGCAGGUUCAGGGGCACAUGCCUCCGCUCAUGAUCCCAAUUUUUCCACAUGACCAGCGGACCUUGGCAGCAGCUGCUGCUGCCCAACAGGGAUUCCUCUUCCCCCCUGGAAUAACAUACAAGCCAGGUGAUAACUACCCCGUACAGUUCAUUCCGUCAACAAUGGCAGCUGCUGCUGCUUCUGGACUCAGCCCUUUACAGCUUCAGAAGGGUCAUGUUUCCCACCCACAAAUUAACCCAAGGCUAAAGGGCAUAAGUGACCGUUUUGGCAGGAAUUUGGACCCCUCUGAACAUGGUGGUGGCCACUCUUACAACCACAGACAGAUUGAGCAGCUCUAUGCCGCUCAGCUGGCCAGCAUGCAGGUGUCACCUGGAGCAAAGAUGCCAUCAACUCCACAGCCACCAAACUCGGCAGGGGCAGUCUCACCUACUGGGAUAAAAAAUGAAAAGAGAGGGACCAGCCCUGUAACUCAAGUUAAGGAUGAAACAACAGCCCAGCCGCUGAAUCUCUCAUCCCGGCCUAAGACAGCAGAGCCUGUGAAGUCCCCAACAUCUCCCACCCAGAACCUCUUCCCAGCCAGCAAAACCAGCCCUGUCAACCUGCCAAACAAAAGCAGCAUCCCCAGCCCCAUUGGAGGAAGCCUGGGGAGAGGAUCCUCUCUAGAUAUACUAUCCAGUCUCAACUCUCCUGCCCUGUUUGGGGACCAGGACACAGUGAUGAAAGCCAUUCAGGAGGCUCGGAAGAUGCGAGAACAGAUCCAGCGGGAGCAACAACAGCAGCCACACGGAGUUGAUGGGAAACUGUCCUCCAUGAACAACAUGGGGCUGAGCAACUGCAGGACUGAGAAGGAAAGAACACGCUUUGAGAACCUGGGUCCCCAAUUAACAGGAAAGUCAAGUGAAGAUGGAAAACUGGGCCCGGGUGUCAUCGAUCUCACUCGGCCAGAGGACGCAGAAGGAAGCAAAGCAAUGAAUGGCUCUGCAGCUAAACUACAGCAGUAUUAUUGUUGGCCAACAGGAGGCGCCACUGUGGCUGAAGCCCGUGUCUACAGGGAUGCCCGCGGCCGUGCCAGCAGCGAACCCCACAUCAAGCGACCAAUGAAUGCGUUCAUGGUUUGGGCAAAGGACGAAAGGAGGAAAAUUCUUCAGGCCUUCCCUGACAUGCAUAACUCCAACAUUAGCAAAAUCUUAGGAUCUCGCUGGAAAUCCAUGUCCAACCAGGAGAAGCAACCUUACUAUGAAGAACAGGCCCGGCUAAGCAAAAUCCACCUAGAGAAGUACCCAAACUACAAGUACAAACCCCGGCCGAAGCGCACAUGCAUCGUGGAUGGCAAGAAGCUCCGGAUUGGGGAGUACAAGCAACUGAUGCGCUCGCGAAGGCAGGAGAUGCGACAGUUCUUCACUGUGGGGCAACAGCCUCAGAUGCCCAUCACCACAGGAACAGGUGUUGUGUAUCCUGGUGCUAUUACUAUGGCAACGACCACACCAUCACCUCAGAUGACAUCUGACUGCUCUAGCACCUCUGCCAGCCCCGAGCCCAGCCUCCCUGUCAUCCAGAGCACGUAUGGUAUGAAGAUGGACGGCGCAAGCCUGGCUGGGAACGACAUGAUUAAUGGAGAGGAUGAAAUGGAAGCCUAUGACGACUACGAAGAUGAUCCCAAAUCAGACUAUAGCAGCGAGAAUGAGGCCCCAGAGCCUGUCAGUGCCAACUGAGGAGCUUUUGUUUGCUGAAUUAAAACACUCUGACAUUUCGCUCCCUUUCCCCCAACAACAACAACAAAGUUCUUAAAGAGCCCGCAUGCAUUUGUGGCUCCACAAUACAUCAGCAGAAUGGUCUUAAUUGCUUCGUAACGUGUGAGACAGAUUACGUUUUCCUGAUUUUUCAUAAACUUGAGUUUUUGUCGUUACCGUUACUGUUGUUGUUUAUUUAGGUGAAGACGUAUUAAAUAUGAGACACCGGGACUUGGAAACUUAUCUCUGCCCAUCGCCGUCUUAUGAGUCUUACAUUUCUGUCUUACUAUUUUUCUUUUGGAUGUUGACAAAGGGUUUAAGUUACUGUUUUAGAUGGGGUUAAACAUUCUCACUCAGGUAUGCUGUGCCGGCUACAGGUUGUGAAUGUGUUUUUAUUCUGAAUUACUUUAGAAAACAACUGAGGAUUUCGUAUUGUGAAACCGGACAAGUCCACGGCGUGAGCGGCUGCAUAUAGAACAUGUUCAAAAGGCCUCGGAAUUCCAUUUGUUUCAAUGUGUAGAAUUCAACUUUGAAUGUGCCAAACUUUUUUCAUAACUUUUGAAUCUUAACUAUUUUAAAAGUCUUACAGGAGACACUGCAAAGUCUUAGACAAUCUUUGACAUCUUAAAAUAAAACAGCAAACCACAUUUUUUUUCCAGAAAAUGGUGAAGUACUCAGGAAUCUGGAGACAAGAUAUUGUAAGGAAUGAGCAAGGCUGCCACAGUGCGUGAACCCAAUUGUGUUUGCCUCUUGAUGUGCCAUCAGUGUGUGGCGUGGGAUGACAUAGAUCAGAGCAAUCACCACACCAGACACCACACGGUGGACUCCCCUGUCUGAGACCGCCUCUCACUACAUCCAUUCUUACCUUGCCUUUGCCCUGACAUUCAACCUUAACACAUUGUUCUCUUAAAUAAUUUAUUCAUUCCAGAAUGUCAAGGGUCCACUUACUAUUUAUUUUAAAAAUUAUUGGUGGCAUUAAUUUAAUAUUUUUUUGCCCUCCUUGCCCUUUAACCUCUUUUUCCUGCUGGAUACAAAAGAUGUACAUAGCAAUCUCAUGUCCCCAGAGCCCCUGGAAACAUUUCUGAAGUGAUGCUAGUACAUGCAUAUAUUGUUGUUUUUAAAGACAAGUGUGUAGCUGGCUGCAGGGUUGUGCAUCUGCGUCAAGGUAUCCUACAUUUAAACAUGUAUGCCCCCAGGAGUCACCAUGACCUUGGGUCUUUGACUAGAGUUUCUCCCUCAUUGAGUUUUUCAGUAAACAGUAGAACCUGAGUUCCAUUCAGCAGUGAGAGUCAGCAGUGGUCACUGCCAGUCAAGGAGCCUCUCACAGCCACUCUGAAGCCCAAGGACCAUGGGCCACACGGGGUCUACUUUGGACCCGGCAUUCUGUCACCUUUAUUGAGCUACCUGGUCCCAGCUGGCACAUCCAUGGAGAUCUUUGCAAAACUCUACAGGUUGUUAGACAACUCCGAGGAAAUCCAGGAAGAAAGGAAACCACAGGCAAGGGAAGCAAUGGUGAGCUGCCAGCUCCUAGGGACAGAUGCUAGAGGUACCCACAGCUCCCCUGAAGACCUCGUUUCUCAGUGGCUGCUCGUGAACGCUGCUGCUGAUAAGCUCUUGCCACUGAAGGUGAGCUCUGGAGACUGAGACAUGCUGCAGGGCUGAGAGGUGUCAGGGCUCCCUCUCUCAUCUCCUAACUACAGGCAGUUCUACUGUUGUGAGUUUGACCAUCCUGAACCCAGGCCUGUUGUUUUCAGGGGGCCUUACUCAGAGCCCUUCAGUGGGGGGUGUCAGUGAACAGUAUAGCCUAGCAUCUAAGCAUCAGGAAAAGAACAGCUCCAUCAAAAAUUGAGCCAUUUUGUCACUUGGGAAAAGUAGUAAAGCUUCAUAUUUAUUUAAAGAGUGCUCCAGGCCAUAGCUAAUAGCAAUAAAGUAGGUCUAGCCAAGAGAUGACCAGCUGAGUCAUUAGCUGUGAGUGCUCUCCAUAAGCUGUUUAAGGUACUGCUAGGGAUGUUUGUUCUUAAGAUUAACUGGGGAUUGGAAUUUUGUUCUUGUACAUUGAUUUCAUAUGAGGAGGGGUCACUUUUCAAAAACAAAAUGAGUAUUUAUUAUGUCUUACUGAUUUCUCGGAUCUCUCUUCCUCAGUUUCUCCUCAUGCUUCCCCACAUGUCUUUGGCUUCUGCUCCCAUUGGUAUGUUUGUUUUUGUUUUUGUUUGUUUGUUCUUUUUUUUAAAAAAGAAAACUGUGCUGCAUAGGUAGAAUGUUGUAUAGCUAGCAUUGUAUUGUAUGUAAUUAAUUUUGCACAAAGGCAAACAUUUAGCACAGUAGUUAAUUUUGUUUGUUUUUAUGACCAUGCCAAAAUAAUAUUCUGGGCUAGUAGAGAACAAAGGACUGUUCUUUAGGAUUGAAACUUGAUUUUGCUUAUAGUAAGAAAAA